GUGGUGACCCUGGACUCACCCCACCCAGGCUUUGACCCUGCACUCGCUGUGGAAUGUGACCCCGGCGGAGGCCAUCUUGUGCGUGAGAGGAGAGCAGGGGAAUCAUUAGUCCAAUGCUAUGUCCAAAUAGUCUUCACCUGCUGGAUGCCUGCCUCUCUCCUUCUUUAGUAAGGGUUUAACAUUGAACUAAUAGAUGAAAGCCAAAUGACUGAUAGUAAUAACCAGGAGUUUGUAGUCCACACCUGUGGGUAAUUCACCUUUUUUCCUCUAACUUGUCUAGUGUUUCCAGGUCAGUGGUCAUCUGCAGGAAGGAAUUAUACCAUCUACGACCGUUGGGACAUAGCCCACUAACUUUUGCUGACUCACUUUGUCAUUGUGCCACAUUAAGAGAAUGCUUCCUGCCAGCCCCUAACACCCCUGGUUAAUGUAUUUAUAUUUUAGAUACAACAUAGAACAAUUAACCUCACAGAGACACAUUAAUUUGGUCCAAGUACUGUAUGUACACCCUUUAUAGAUCAUUGAUGGAACAUGGAAGUUACUAGCUAAACCAGUUACAAUGACGUGUACUUUACUGCUGUAUGAAAGCCCAAGUAGGAUUCAUGAUGGUGAUGAAUAUGAUGAUGAUAAUGGGCGGCAGGUAGCCUAGCGGUUAAGUGUAUUGGGCUAGUAACCGAAAGGUUGCUGGUUCGAAUCCCCUAGCUGACUAGUUGAAAAAUCUGUCAAUGUGCCCUUGAGCAAGGCACUUAACCCUAAUUGCUCCAAUAAGUCGCGUUGGAUAAUGACUAAAAUGUAAAGUAAUGAUGAUUAUGUCCACUGAUGUUAACCUGUGUCUGUUCCCACCUCCAGGUAUCUGUAUCAAGUGUGGGAAGGGUGUGUAUGGGGCCAGCCAAGCCUGUCAGGCCAUGGGGAAUCUGUACCAUACCAACUGCUUCACCUGUUGCUCCUGUGGUAAGUGUAUAUAGGCUUCUGUCCACUACUCCUACUCAGCACCUGCAUCAUUGGCUGGCAUCACAGAUGUCCUGUAUUUUCAUAUCUUAGCACAACGUUGAUGUUGGUUGCCAGAGUGUCUUCUGGGAGUUGUCUACAGAAUGCUCUAUUGUUCUCUAUUUGACAGGAACAUGGAUGACAUAUUGGAAUGAGUGGGUUGUAGAGACGGAUGUUGCAGUCAACCUGAACAUUUUUUGUUUAUGCAUGGCGUGUGUAUGUGUGUAAUGUGCGUGAAGGGCUGCCCUGUCACCUGACACCAAUUGUCCUCUCUUGUUUCAAGUGGAGACGAGGGUGAAGUCGGAGAGAGUUUGGAGCAAGGUUGCUUUCAUUCAUGCGCUGAUGUACAUGGAUACUGAUCCCUUGGCUUCGGAAGAAAUGCAUAUAAUUGACAUGUAAUUGAAUACAUAUACUUUCAGAUUUAUUGUGUGGUUGAAGAAUGAGGGGCAGUGUCUCUAAUCCUGAGGUUUCUCUACAGAUUCCUUUUGACCUGCUUUGAAAAGUGUAGUUGAGUCAGACCAGAGAGAUAUACUGUAAGUCUGUUUCUAUUGGUUAGACAUUAUUGCCCAUCUAUAAUGUUUUAAACAGUACAGAAAAAGCUGGAAUACACUUCUCUGUUAUUCAGAAUUAAAUAAGUUUGGUGAGAUCUAUCCAGAAGUGAAGCAGGUCUUCCCCUGCUAAUUCUAGUGGUCUCUGUAUAUACAGUGGAUAUAAAAAGUCUACACACCCCUGUUAAAAUGCCAGGUUUUUGUGAUGUAAAAGAACGAGACAAAGAUAAAUCAUGUCAGAACUUUUUCCACUGUUAAUGUGACCUAUAACGUGAACAAUUUAAUUGAAAAACAAACUGAAAUCUUCGAGGGGGAAAAAUGAAAAAUAAAAACCUUACAAUGACCUGGUUGCAUAAGUGUGCACACCCUCUUAUAACUGGGGAUGUGGCUGUGUUCAGAAUUAACCAAUCACAUUCAAACUCAUGUUAAAUAGAAGUCAUUACACACCUGCCAUCAUUUAAAGUGACUCUGAUUAAUCACAAAUAAAGUUCAGCUGUUCUAGUAGGAUUUUCCUGACAUUUUCUUAGUUGCAUCUCAGAGCAAAAUCCAUGGUCCACAGAGAGCUUCCAAGGCAUCAGAGGGAUCUCAUUGUUGAAAGACAUCAGUCAGGAGAAGGGUACAAAAUCAUUUCCAAAGCAUUACAUAUACCAUGGAACACAGUGAAGACAGUCAUCAUCAAGUGGAGAAAAUAUGGCACAACAGAGACAUUACCAAGAACUGGACGUCCCUCCAAAAUGUAUGAAAAGACGAGAAGAAAACUGGUCAGGGAGGCUUCCAAGAGGCCUACAGCAACAUUAAAGGAACUGCAGGAAUUUCUGGCAAGUACUGGCUGUGUGCUACAUGUGACAACAAUCUCCCGUAUUCUUCAUAUGAAUGGGCUAUGGGGUAGGGUGGCAAGACGGAAGCCUUUUCUUACAAAGAAAAACAUCCAAGCCCGGCUGAAGUUUGCAAAAACAAACAUCAAGACCCCCAAAAGCAUGUGGGAAAAUGUGUUAUGGUCUGAUGAAACCAAGGUUUAACUUUUUGGCCAUAAUUCCAAAAGGUAUGUUUGGCACAAAAACAACACUGCACAUCACCCAAAGAACACCAUACCCACAGUGAAGCAUGGUGGUGGCAGCAUCAUGCUUUGGGGCUGUUUUUCUUCAGCUGGAACCGGGGCCUUAGUCAGGGUGGAGGGAAUUAUGAACAGUUCCAAAUACCAGGCAUUUUUGGCACAAAACCUUCAGGCGUCCGUUAGAAAGCUGAAGAUGAAGUUCACCUUUCAGCACAACAACGACCCAAAGCACACAUCCAAAUCCACAAAAGCAUGGCUUCACCAGAAGAAGAUUAACGUUUUGGAAUGGCCCAGCCAGAGCCCAGACCUGAAUCCAAUUGAACAUCUCUGGGGUGAUCUGAAGAGGGCUGUGCACAGGAGAUGUCCUCGCAAUCUGACAGAUUUCGAGCGCUUUUUCAAAGAAGAGUGGGCAAAUAUUGCCACGUCAAGAUGUGCCAUGCUAAUAGACUCCUACCCAAAAAGACUGAGUGCUGUAAUAAAAUCAAAAAGGUGCUUCAACAAAGUAGUAGUUUAAGGGUGUGCACACUUAUGCAACCAGGUUAUUGUGAGUUUUUUAUUUUUUAUUUUCCCCCCUCAAAGAUUUCAGUUUGUUUUUCAAUUAAAUUGUUCACGUUAUAGGUCACAUUAAAGGUGGAAAAAGUUCUGACAUGUUUUAUCUUUGUCUCAUUCUUUUAUGUCACAAAAACCUGGCAUUUUAACAUGGGUGUGUAGACUUUUUAUGUCCACUGUAGAUGAUAACAGGCCCAUCUUGGCUCUUGAGAUGGUUUAUUUCUAACGUAAACUCUGUGAUGUAUUAUUGGGUCUCUUAUGAAUGGGAAUGUUUGCCUUUAGAAGCAGAGUGUUUUCAACCCCUCUGAGAAGUUAGUUUUAAAGUGCCUGCAGAUGUCAAAACACACCUAUGAUGUAUCAGGUUAUUUGUUGACAAACUGUUUUUGUUUUACUUUUUGACUAAAAUGCCACAAAAGUCAGGAGCUCCAUAGCAGAGAGAGAGUUCAGUUCUCUGAGACAUUGCUGGCUGGUAGCCUUGGGCUUUGUUUAACCAUGCAUAAUUGAGCCCUCCUCUUGGCUUGCUCCUAUGGUUGCACCCUUUUUUCAUGAAAUGGCCAGGAAUGCAAACUACCCCCCUCCACUUCAGCCGGCCUUCCCAUGAGGACCUCAAUCAGACAGUCACAAAGUGUACCAGGCCUGCUUAUCAGAGGGGGCCGGCCUGGCAUGGGCUCUGAGCAAACAACACACACAUAAACACACACACAGAUAAGCGCGCACACACACACACCGAUAAACGCACACACACAUGCACACACACACAGAUACACACAGGAAAAUGUGUGUGUGAGUAAUUAUACGCUCACACACCACGCACACACAAACACACCCCCCACCCCCCAAACAUACCCACACACACUCCUCAUAACUUUACUAGUCCCAACUAUACAGUCAUAAGACAUACCUCUGUGACCAGUCUCCUGUUUAUUUCCUGUACUGGUGUUGACGCCCAGCUCCUGACUGGAUCACCACCCACUUCCUCCUUCCACAUACCCUUUGUCUGCUAGCUCACAUGCAUCCGUGCCUUUAAUGGGGCACGCUAGUUAUUAACUAGUUACCUCUAUGUUACUGUAACACAACCUGCUAGUGUCUCUCACACCAGCCAGGAGAAAACAGCCAAGGGCCUUGUAUUUCUGAAACCUGUUUAUGAUGCAUUGUGGUUUCCUCAGUCACUCACCAGCUGUACCUAGCUGACUGGCUGGCUGGCACAGGGCACACAGGGCUGAGGUGUGAAAAAUGUGUGAGAAAAAAAUGUACAGCUCAUUGUUGUGCUGCUAUGGGGUUUUAGCUGGGGUAUGGUAGCUGGCUGCAGUAGGUAGAGUUAGCCUGGCUACUCCCCAUAUAGAAUCUAGUCAUUCUAUUUCUAUGCUACUCCCUCAUCUGAGUGUAAGUUGUGGGAUCUGGCCAAGGUUUUAAAUGAUGUACAACCGCUUGGUAGUGUAGCCCCUGCUCCCUUCUGCCUUUGGCGAUGGUUUGACUACUUGAUCAUGACUUUCGCUGUGAUUUAGUUGUGGGGGAGUUUCUGAGAGAGACUGAGUGGGCCAUGGUUUUAUCUUAGCUCUUAAUGCUAUUAGAGAGACUGGGAGAUUUCAUAGCUUCUGGGUUUUCUAUUUGAGAGAUGUACUUGUGGCUCUGUUGUCUUAACUUGGCUGUUCUCUCUAAAGAGAGACUUACUUAAAAACAAUUUGGAAGUAGCAGCAGGCCAGCACAUGCUCACGUUGCCGGGUUCUAAAAAUUCCUGUCUGAAGUCCCGAGCAAUCUGAGUGAGUCACCACCUCCAGCAUCCUUCCUUUACUUACCCCGGCACUGGGCAGGCCCUCCCUCCGCCUCUCCCUCGCUGCUUCCCCCUCCUCCCCCUCAGAUCCUCACCCCACUGCCUGCCUGCAGGUGAUAAAGGCCCACUUGUUCUGAGAGGAGAGAGUGGGAGGAGAAGGGAGGAGAGGGAGGAGUGGGUGGGUGGGGUGGAACCUGAGAGAGUGUAACAUGCUUGAUGUUUCCCUCCUACUGGAAGAACACUGAACAUAUGGGGAUUUGGGUACAGUUGUAUUUAAAUUAGAUGGUAAUCUAGGACAUUAUUCAGAUUUUUUACAUAAGAAGACAUUCAUUCAGUAUUUAUUCCGAUCUCAUGUCUUGGUUUAGCAACUAUGUUUUUUUGUUGAAAAGUUUGAAAAGUUGCCUAUGGCCAACAGCCAGGUCAUUAAAAGUCAGCGUUGUAGCAUAGGGAUGUGUUGGUAUUAUCAUGGCCAGGCCUUGUGUAGUGCACUAGUGUAGCUGGCUCUGGAUCUCCAGGGAGAGAGUCUUAACACUGACUAACCUAACCACUGUCCGUUUGCAGACUCUGCACCUCACAGGGCACAAUAACAUAUCACUUAAGUGAGGCCUGGAGCUCCCCAGCUGAGCCCAAACUAAACCCAGCCUGCAUCUCAUUGUUGUGGUUUUAGGAAUUUAAGAUCAGUGAGGGAUGAAAUCACUGUAAAGUGAGGUCAUUGUGAUGUGAGGGGGUUGGAGGGAUGACACAGGUCCAAUAACAUGUCCAGAUGCCGGGGCUGGUUGGUACCAGGAGUACCGCCACCAGGCAUCCAUGGCUGGUCCACAAACUACCACACUGACCACAUGAUCCCAAGACUUUGAUUGCUGGAGAAUGACUCACUAAGGAUUUUAUUAUGUCUCAGAUCAUUAUUUUAUUUGACCAGUGCACUGCAGUUUGUUGUAGUGCUCUAAAAUGAUUUCUGAAGGGUUAAAUAUCUAGCUGAGAGAAUAGCUCCCAUUAUUUCUAGAUGCACAGCCCUUUAUGUGCAUGUCUGUGAAACGCAGUGUCAUGAAAACACGGAGUCAUGGGAAACCAAUGUUGGAGCUGUAAAAACUAAGUACAGUAUCUUGAGUGUAAAAUCCCAAUCAGGGAGCCAUUUGGUCCAGAACUCCAUGGAAAAUGCCACAUGUCCCACCGUGCUCAGGGGCUGUGAGUUGAGGAGAAGAGGAGAGCCCUGAGCCCCAGCCCACUGCAGCCAGCCCAGCACUUUCCUCUCCUGUGACAAAGGCUAGAGGGAGACAGGGAGCCCUCCCCUCCCCCUCUCUAUGAGGGAACGAGGGAGGGAGGGUGGUGGAGGGGUGGAGGGGGGGUUGAAUGGGACCAACUAGUGACCUCAGGCAGAAAGAAUGUCCCCGUUUGCUCAGGCGGCCCGCUCCCUUAGCAGUGCACCACAGUCAGCGAGCGCUGAGGGCUUUGUGUUUCACCUUCCAGAUGCACUCGCCAGAGCAAAGGCCACCAGACAAACACACGGCAACAUGCCCCAGCUCCAGCUCACUGGUGUGUUGUUGAUUAGAAUGUAAUGGUUUUUACAAGUUUAGUCACUCUGAAUUAAAAGAGCUCCUCCUUUGUAGUCCCCAGUCAACAGGAAAUAGGUUUUUUCUCUCUCGUCCAACCUCCAACUCUAAAUGCUAAUAGUUUCUCGCUCUCAGUCUUAAGUCUCACCUAUUGUGUGAACAGCAUCCUUCGGCUGCUGUAGUCCAUUUAUGUGGAUGUUAAUAUAUUGCUAUCUCCCAGCAAUGUGACACUGUGUGUGAAAUACAGCGAUUGCAUACAUUUGGGUGUAAAAAGGGGGACAUGUCUUUCCCAAGCCAGGACACCCAUAAAAUCAAUGGCAGCUCAGGACAGCAAUUAAAUCUGACUAAUCCUGCAGAUUUAUGAGCUCCAUGCGCUCUGUCUGCUGGGCUGGGUUGAAGUCACCGCGCUGCCAGAAAGAGAAGAGACUGCUGCUGCCAUUUAGUGCAUUUCAAUGGGCAUGCAUUAAGAGAAGCAUCGCAGGGGGCGCAAAAGCCAGGGCCAGUGGGAGUGAGCAGUGAGGAGAUCUUUCCUUUUAGGUGGAAUUCCCUUUUAUCCUGUGGAAUGUAGUGCUACUGUGCUCAAGGAGCCCCAAAAUGGUGACUUUGGGGAGGGACUGACUGUUAGUAUGGCCCUGGCUAUACCAGACAUGGGAAAAUCCUUUGCUCAGGCUUGUAUAGUUGGGCUGUGGUUGUGUGUGUGUGUGUGUGUGAGCUGUACACAAUGGCAGGGGUGAGGAGGAGGGGUGAGUAGGAGGGGGAGUUUGUAUAGCAGCUUGGGCCUCGUCUGGAUGAUGGGGCUGUAUUGAUUGUUUGCUGGUUCUAAGUAGAAGGAGUCCCGUGGGGAUCAAUGGAUGACCAGAGUAUUGAAACAUUAGUGUGGACCUCGAACGAGUAACCUACAUUAUGCAGUUACCAUCUGCUUUUGUCACUGGUGUUUCCUGUUGACAUCUGUUGUUGUUGUGUCUAAUGGAACAGAGAGGAGUCAGGGGAAUAGGAGGCAGAAAGUCAACUCCCGUGGUAUUUCUGUUUGUUUUCAACAGAAUAACAAUGCAGUUUUGGAUAAUGUAUUUCAAAUAUCAUCAGGAGAUACCCUGGGGCAUUUCGUCAUUGUUCAAAAGGCUGGAAGCACACUAUUUUCUUGAUGUAUUAACUUUCUUAUAGCCUAGGGGUUGGGUACAAUCACAUAGCAGCACCUUUACAGUCUUCACUUUGACAGGAUCUGCUACAGGAACACUUCUCCUAUAUCCCAGCUCACACACUCUUACUUCUCUUCUUCAGGAAGGAGGCUGAGAGGGAAAGCUUUCUACAAUGUCAACGGCAGGGUCUACUGUGAAGAGGACUUCCUGGUGAGUUACAACAUCUGUCGUCCCUGCAUGCCUCCUUAUGCACAAGAAUUCAUGUUUAUGUUAUGUUCAUUAUGUGGAUGUUCAGAGGUUGAGUUCUCCAUAUCCUUCAUACACACACCCCUCGAUGACAGACUUGGGAGAGGAGGGGUUGCACAUUCUAAAACGCUCCAGAGGAAACAGACGUUGCAGUGCUACAAUUAAAGUUAAGCACCACCCCUCCAAUUCCCACUAAUUUCCCCAACAUUUCCCCAAGGAGCACAAUUACCCCACUGCUCCCAUCCCAUUACUCCCCAGCACUUAGAAUUAGAGAGGGAGGAGGAGUGGCUGUGGGCAGCUGCAGGCCUCAGACUGCCUCCUGUAUGAUGUAUCCAUCUGCCCAGGUUGGACACAAUGGGAAACAGACACAAGUUAUUAGCAUGUAUUGAUCUCUGAUAGACGUCGGUCAAUCUAGAAUCAGGUCUGGGAACCAGGUGCUUUAUAGCAGUCGUUUUUGUCUUCCUAAAAGAUACAGACUUAUUGCUUAUUACUACUGAAUUAGGUUGUUAGGUUGCCAUUUACUUAAUGUAAAUGAUCACUCCAUUACACAUAGACAUUGCCCAUUGGCCCCUAAAACAGACUUUCAAUUGGCUCAGAGGAUGGGUGCUACGAGUGGUAUUGGGUCUCCUCAUGCUGUAGAUAUAAAGAAUAGAUCCUAAAGGGGUCAGAUGGUGGAUAUGACAAAAGUCCCUAGCUUCCUCUGAGUAUUGACCACCAGCUCUGCCCUGUCAUCGGGGCAGAUGGUCUGUCUGGGGGGUUAAAGGGGAAGCCUGGAGUCACCCUCCCCCUGCACCCCUCACCACCCCACCUCCACCUGCUGCCCCUGUCCCACCAUUACCCUCCCCCUCCUCUCAUCAGGUCAUGACCCCAGGGUCAUGUGCUUUGCAGAUGGUCACUAUGGGACAAACAUAACGAUGGUAAUGCGUGUAUAACUCAAAUUUAAAUCCCUCAUUGACUUCAAUGUGAUAUCUUAUGUUCAAGUUACACGUCUUACCUCAAGUUCGGGUACAUCCCCUUGUGUCUGUGUGACUCUGGUCCAGACUGUAGGAGACCACCUAGAGUAGAGAGCUGAUGACUGGAUGUGUGCUGUACUCUUUCUAUUAGUAGAGUGCGCUGAUGGUUUAGGACAGGUAUCGUCACAGCAAAUGACACUGGUCGCUCAUAUACGUCUCAGCAAAGAGAGGAGUCAAAGGAAAAAGGAGCAACUCUUUUCACGUCAAUAUAAAGAGAGCAGCAGCACCCCCUAUAGAUAGUGUCAUUUAGGGCUGUACUCUGGGGCCCUACAUUCACAUUUUGGUUAUAGUGUUUAGGGGUUCUCAAACCAGGGUUGGGGUCAAUUCCAAUUUUAAUUUGAAAUUCUAAUUCAAUUCUUGAAUUCACUCAUGAAGUGGAUAAUUUACAUUGGAUUCAAUUAAAAUUGAAUUGAAUUGGAAUUGAAUUGGAAUUGAAUUGGAAUUAGACUAUUUGGACUGUUUGAAUUUAAUUGGAAUUUAAUAUUUGUACAUUUCCCAGUUAAUGGAAUUAAUGCACUUAGUAUGUGGACUGCAGAAUUUGUUUUAAAUCAUUUCAACUUGUAUUUCUAUAUUUCCAGUAUAGCUAAGCUGUCUGAACAUGGACAUGCCUGUAAGCCUGAGGGAAUUGAAUUUUCAUUUGUGGAAUUGUUCGGGAUAAUAUUUAAUUGGGAAUUGAAUUCUUGGAAUGUCUUAACAUUGGAAUUGAGAAUAAUUGAAUUAUCUCUGAAUUCAAAGACUGACCUACAAUUAAAACUGAAUUAAAUGGAAUUUACAGGGAGAAGGAAUUACAUUAGAAUUACAUUUGUGGAAUGAUCCCCAACCCUGUCUCAAACACUUCCUAAAGGUACCAUCCUCUCUUUUGUAAUGCUGUACUCCCAAGUCUCAACCAGACCCAGUUAACAUUCACCAUGUAAUAGUUGUCCAUUGCUACAUGUUAGAAUCCUAACAAACCCAGUGAUAAGUCUCUUUUUAAUCUCCCACAGUACUCUGGUUUUCAGCAGACGGCAGAGAAGUGCUUUGUGUGUGGUCACCUCAUCAUGGAAAUGGUAAGAAAGAGCCUAAUACUGUAGGAGGGCCUGCUAGAUAGUGAUACAAGACAAUCAGCAGAACAGUAUGCCUGUUCCUUUCUGGGCUUUCUCUUUAGCAGGACUGUAUCUCUUCUUGACAUGUGGCAUCAGACCACCUAGUUUAGUUUAGUUUCUGUAUCUGAAUGCCAAUGGGCUGGUGUGAUUGACUCCUACUGAGAGGCCUCAAUCUCUGGCCUUACUGUUAUCUCUCUCUCUCUCUGUGUGUGUGUGUGUGUGUGUGUGUGUGUGUGUGUGUGUGUGUGUAGAUCCUGCAGGCACUGGGCAAGUCCUACCACCCUGGCUGCUUCCGCUGUGUGGUCUGUACAGAGGGUCUGGACGGAGUGCCUUUCACUGUGGACGUGGAGAACAACAUCUACUGUGUCAAAGACUACCACACGUAAGGACAUGGGUCUCUUAUAGAUAAUGCCAACAUGUGAUGAAGUCAGCAUGCAAGAGUUUCUUCAUUCCACAGUACUCUUUAAAUCCUGAUUUGUGCUGAAACUGAUAUAAAUUAUACAGCAUGUGCCAAGACUUGACUUCUCCUCUGUUUCCCCAACAGGGUCUUUGCCCCAAAAUGUGCCUCAUGCAACCAGCCCAUCCUCCCUGCUCAGGUAAUGAUGAGCCAAUGACUGCUUGUAUCCUGUCAGCCCCUGUCACUAGUUGUUGUCAGAGUCAUAUACAGUAUAUACAGUAGAGGGUUAGGCCAAUGCGGUUCCUGUCUGAACGUUCCGAGAUUGCCACUUUCUCUUCCAUAGCCGUUGCUAAGUGAUAAUUGACACUUCCGUGCUGUGCUGUUUAUUUCUGAUAGUUUUCAAAACCUAUGAAGAUGUCCAGUGAAAGCAGAUAUGCUUUACCUACUUGGAUACACAUUAUCCCGAAUGCUAAUCAAUAAAAACGUCUGUUAAAUUCGCUGCUCUGUUUUGCUAGUUUACAGCGGGUCAUUUCAUAGGGAAUUGUCGGAGGCGCUCUCGUAUUGUUACAUCAUCAACAUUUCGAGAAUAAAGGCUCUAACAUGGCGUCCUUUCUAAAACCUGGCCCAACUCUCUUAAUAUAUGGCUCUGGUUGUUGGUAGCCAGUGGAGUGGUGGAGACGGGAGGGUGUGACUGACUGUGUGUGCUUCCUGACAGGGCUCUGAGGAGACCAUCCGGGUGGUGUCCAUGGACAAGGACUACCAUGUGGAGUGCUAUCACUGCGAGGUGAGACAACGUCAUUACUAGCCUGUCUUAUUUAUGUAUUGAACGGAGCCAGCACAUUGGGUAUGAUCAUUAAACGUCUGUCAAUUUUAGUGUAAAUGCUAUGGCAGUGUGGGUGUAUGUUUCUGGAUCUCUGUGAGUGUGUGCACUACACACACAAACUAAAGCUCAGUGAGGGGCAAACCAAUGUGGUGACUCGUUGUCCAGGCACAUUCCAGAGUUGAGCUGUGGGAGGUGGGAGAGCAGAGGGUAGGGCUCAUAGCGUUGGACUCAGCUGGACAUCUGACCAGGGGUUGUUGUUUAACUACCCUGGAAUCUCAGCACUCUGACAGACCGCUCAGACAGGACAUCAUCCCAUGUUAUCUACAAACCUCAGUGUAAUCAAAGUAAUCAAGUCAAGUCAGCCAACACAACAGUUUAAUGAUAGCUGUGUAAAGUGUGAGUCAUUGUAACCAGGGCUCAAAGAAUGUGUGUGAUUGUAAGUGUGUGUGAGUUUGAUCAAGAAUUCCAUGUUUAAUGGCAAAAGCUGGUUGACUCAUUUUAUUAUCACACAUUCCAGGGAAUAGCUCAUAUCCCACCUAGGUGAGUGAUAAAGGUAUUAUGUAGACAAUAGGUAAUCAUUCAGCAGGCUCUGUGGGGUUGAUAGUCAUCACAGGGGUCUAAAGUCUUAAAUAUUACAUAUUUAAGAAAUGGUAAAGAGCCCAUAUGUAAACUUGACAGGAAUACCCAUCGGCGGCCUCUCAUAUCAGUGGAGAGGUAUCAAAGGUAAAAGUACAGUAAAUGCCUCCCGGGUUCAAUACCGGGCUGUGUCGUGACCGGGAGACCCAUGAGGCGGCGCACAAUUGGCCCAGCGUCGUUAGGGGAGGGUUUGGCUGUCCGGGAUGUCCUUGUCCCAUCGCGCUCUAGCGACUCCUGUGGCGGGCCGGGCGCAUGCAUGCUGACACGGUCGCCAGUUGUACGGUGUUUCCUCCGACACAUUGGUGCGGCUGGCUUCCGGGUUACGCGAGCAGUGUGUCAAGAAGCAGUGCAGCUUGGCAGGGUCGUGUUUCGGAAGGACGCAUGGCUCUCGACCUUCGCCUCUCCUGAGUCCGUACGGGAGUUGCAGCUAUGGGACAAGACUGUAACUACCAAUUGGGGAGAAAAAGGGGUAAAAAAAUUUAUAAAAUAAGAAGUACAUUAAAUAUCUGAAAUAUGUGUAUUGAAAGUUCCUUGUUGAAAUAGAUAGUCUGGAUAGUUUUGAUAUCUAGCACCUGCCCAAAGACAUUGGAUGUGUGUAUAUAAUAUUUUCCUUCACAAAUGUUCAGCCACAGCAGUUUCACUGAGUCUAUCUCUCUCCCUCUGUGUUGUAGGACUGUGGCCUCCAGCUAAACGACGAGGAGGGUCACCGCUGUUACCCCCUGGAGGGCCACCUGCUCUGUCACGGCUGCCACAUCCGCAGGCUCAAGGUCCCGGUGCCCGCCCACCCGCCCCCCAGCUACCCACUACACGUCACUGAGCUA